AUGAAUGGAGGGCAGUCUGCCGCCCAGAAUAUCUUUUGCCUACCAUGCCUAGAUUCUGCAGAACUGACGCCUGUGGCUCUCUUCAUCGUAGAGCUGCGCUCUAUUUUGUUUGCUGGAUGGAUCAACAUUCUCACCAUCUUUGUCCCAAUUGGCUUAAUUGCACAUGUCCUGAAGGCCCAACCCAUCGUGGUUUUUCUAACCAACGCGGUGGCCAUUGUGCCCUUGUCCGCACUAUUGACUGAGGCGACGGAGAGGAUAGCUGAUGAUGCUGGCGACACCAUCGGGGCGCUUCUGAACAUAAGCCUAGGCAACAUUGUUGAGCUAAUCUUGUUUGUUGCCUUAGCGAACGGCCAUGUACGCAUCGUGCAGGCCUCUAUAUUGGGGUCCAUCCUUGUAAAUCUUCUUCUCAUCCUAGGUUCAGCCCUGUUAGCAUGCGGCGUCGCAGAUGUCGAGGCGUCUUACAGUACCUCAGGAACAGAAGUGCUUGGGUGCCUCCUCUUUGUUUCCGUCUUUGCCUUUCUAAUUCCAACCGCAUUUGACUACACGUUCCAGAAUGCUCAGGAUGCCAGUAGCGCAACGCUGAAGCUGAGCCGGGUAUCCGCAUUCAUGGUACUGGCAAUCUAUAUUAUAUACCUAAUCUAUGAAGUAAAAUAUAAAGGACCCCAUACCUCUAAAUUGAGUUCUCAUGAGCUUGAUAUUGAAAGCCAGGCAGGAAGGAUCGAAAUUCAACCACCUUCCUUACCUGCCACACCACCUCCUCGCCUUCAACCAAGGACAAUUCGAUUCGCCGAGAACGAUGACCGAGAAGAGUCAAGAUACAAAGUGAUGAAACAUGGAGGAAGCAUUCUGCAGUAUGCCAGCGAUGAUGAGGAGUACACGCGCACGAUUUAUGCCGUCAAUGCUAGGGAGAUUCGCGGAAGAGGCAGCGCUGAAGGAUCUGCGCGAGGAACAACGGUACCAGGAUCAAGGUAUCAAAAGCUCUCACGGACCAGAGGCCAUUCCAGAUCGUUGUCAAUUGGAUCUGGUAGGCGGUUUGCGAGCCGAGACUCGUCAGUGGCGUCAAGCCGACGUCUACCCCUGAGACGGUCUGGCCUUCCACCACUAAGUAGAAUGCGUGAUACUGUCGAUGGUCAUGACCAACCGUCAACUUAUCCCGAGCCGAGCAUGUUCAACAUGAUUGUAGGAAGAUACGUAUCUGUAUUUGUCCUCGUCCUGUCAUCGGUCUUGAUGUCUAUGAACGCCGAGUUCCUUGUCUCUACCAUUGACGAUGUCACACACGACGGACAAUUCUCUGAAAUGAUUAUUGGGCUCAUAAUUCUGCCGAUUGUGGGAAACAUGGCAGAGUACAUCACCGUGGUGACUGUUGCCGUCAGGGAAAAGCUUGAUCUUGCUAUUGCUGUUUCCGUCGGCUCAUCUAUCCAGAUCGCACUCUGCGUCACGCCCUUGACAAUACUCGCUGGCUGGGUCCUGGACCGGGAUCUUGGCUUGUCCUUCACCUUCUUCGAAAUGGCGACCCUGGUAGGGUCGGUGCUUUUGGUGAAUCUCAUCAUCAUGAGCGAGGGUGGAGGGGGGCCACGAGCCAACGCUCUCCGCGGAGGACUGAUGUGCGGUUGCUAUAUCAUGGUUGGGUGA